GGCGGAAGAGGACGCGGGAGAUUCGAUUGCUGGCGUUUGGAGAGCGGCGGACCGAGCGGCCGGAGGGCGGAGCGGUUGCCCGGGCUUGUCUGUGUCCUUUGCCUCAGAUAAAAUUUUAAGUGCCUCCAUUAUGCCAAGAAGGGCCAGGUUUUGGAUGACUUCAACUAACAAUAGAGACUGCUGUCCUAGGGGCUCAAGGAACCUGGUGGAAGAGGAAGCAGAAAGAAUGUGAGAGGCAGAGGGGAUGGAGGACUAAUCAACAAGGUCAAGUCACAAGGACAAAGUAUAGACACAUGAAUAAAAGACGGAAAUUCCUUUUUGCCUCAGUACUUGCUGUCCAGAAUUGGAAUUUUAUAUAUCCAUCAUGUCAAAGGUGCUUCUCUAAGAUAAUCCUUGAGUCCAAAAGGUUUACUUGUCCCAAAUGUGGCUCUUCUGGUGACACUGGAAGUACCAAUUACAGAUACAAACUGUCCUUGAAAGUGGCAGAAUCCAGCAAACUAUUUUUCAUUACUGUAUUUGGGAGCUGCUUAGAUACAUUUUUUGGACUUACGGCCACUGGUUUACACAGGUACCUUGAAGAUUCUAUUAAAAACCUAGAAACCCUGGACAGUGGUAGAACUCAGAGCCUACUGACCACAGCAGUAGAAAAGUGUUUUGUUGGACAAAGCUUUGUAUUUGGAGUAACGAAUUUUGGAGAUGUAUGUGGACAUGAUUCAGAUUCCAGUAACUUUCAGCAGCCUUGCUGUAAGCUCAGAGGAGAAGUCAGGACACUUGUAGCUUCCCAGAUUAUUCUGCCUAGCCCACAUGUUAAAGGAUUUACAGUCAUUGCCUAUUUGCAUCCGCUUUUACACAAGAAACCUCACUGUGGCUCCCAGGAACAUAGCAGCCAGUCACUCACUUCAGAUGACUCAGACAGUGAUCUUAACAACAUACAGGGCUCUGGGAAUACAUCCUGGUUUUCAGAGUCUAGUGUCGGAGAGGAUUUUUUCAGAUUCUGGGAGCCAUCUCUUGAACUGACUUCUUCUGACUCACAAGUAACAUCUAGUGAUGACUUUCCAGCAUCAAAACAAAUCAUGGCCAGUGGUACUCCUAACCAAAACAGACACUGCAUCUCCGUUUCCGAGGUCACUAGUUCUAAGAACUGCCAUGAUUCCCUUCAGAGUUUAUGGAGCCUUCAUUCUUGUAUGGACAAGAAUAAUACAACAGGAAAGUUGGGUGAAGAAUUAGGCUUACCGAGUCCAGUUUGCAACAGUUGCCAUGAAAGUAGAUUGUCUGACUCUCAUUUUUUCCCUUCACAAAUGCAAGAACCCUUCGAGGAACAUAAUUUAGAAUGCUAUAGUAAAGCAGGAAAAGAUGAUUAUUCCCAGUAUGAUAUCGCAUGUUACCAGCAUUAUGAAGUAAAUACUACCCCCAUCCUUCAACAGAGGUCUUCUGCAUUUUCAUUGUCAUCACUGAAACCCGAAGAAACAGCGAAUCCUUCCCAGAACUCUGACUCCUUGAUUUGGGAUGAUCUACCACUCUCUGAAAGUCUGAACAAGUUUCUAGCAGUUGUUGAAAGUGAGGUUGCUGUAACUGAGAUAGAUGCUAAGAACAGAAAACAGGGUAUGGAUAAAAGCAUUGAUAAAUGUCACAAAAACUACAGCAGAUUAUCACUGACUCCAUGGAAAAAUACUAGACCCUUAAAUACAUCAUCUUUCAGCUUAAGAUCAUCACAAGCAAUGAUGAAAGAAGACUCUGGGAAAGAGGCCCUCUUUUCCAACUGUAAGUCUAAUGCAAGUCCUCACAUUCAGAAAGAAUCGAAAGCAGACAAGACAGAAGCGGCUGUCUCCAUAGCCGGUAGUAGAAGUGAUAUCUCUGAGGAUUUUCUACCAGAUACUUGCUCAUCAGCACUGUUUACAUCUUCAAAAGAUAGGGAAGCCUUCAUUACCCAAAAGAGGACUAGUGGGGUCUUGCAACAAAAGAAUGAAAUUUCAUGCAGGCCCAGUACCUCAAUAAGUGACUGUUCUGAUCUCAGGAGCAGAUAUUUUACUGGAUGUGGACAAAAAUUACAUUCAGGAACAAAAGGAAAAUUGGCAAUACAAAACUGUUCUAAAAAAUACAGCGAUGCUUCUGAUCUUCACAAAUUAGAAAAUAAGCAUAGAUGGCCAAAAAAGGAAGAUGACAAUUUCACAAUAUGCAGAAAACUCACAUAUCCUUUAGAGACCCUUUGCAGUAGCCCAGAAAGUAUAAAUACAUCGAAAGAGAUGCCUUGCAGGCCUAGCAAUAAUAACUUAACACCAAGUUCUUCUGGUGAUCAUGAAGGUAGUUACAAUGCUUCUGCUGAUCUUUUUGAUUAUAUUGCUAACGAUAAGGACAUUGGAACAGAAAUUACCAAAAUACCACAGGAUAACUUGUUACCACUGGAAGUACCUUGCACAGAAAAUUAUCCUAUAAAUGAGAACCGUGGCCAGCCUUCACAAAAAUUAUCCUUGCAAAGCAUAUCACCCUCAAGGUAUUCAAGACCAAGGUCUCAGUCAGACUCAGAAUGUGAUUUUGAAGAAAGCCAAGACUUUGUUCCAUGUUCACAGUCAACUCCAGUUGCAGGCUUCCACCAAAGAAUUCAUGGCUUAAAUGGUGCUUCCAAAAUACUGCCUUCCAUAUAUUCAAAUCCUAAUGCUAAUUAUAAAAACAGAAAAAAUUCUCCUCUAACUGGCCAGUAUGAAGCCACCUCAGCCUGCUCAAAGAAUGUAAAAGCAUUUCGGCAGAAACCCGAAAGUCCUUUUGUGUCUAGUUUGACACAAGCAAAUGUUUUCAACCACUGCCCUGCUGCUGAGAGCCUUGAAAAUGAUGUGGAUGAAUGGGUCCCCCCUACCACCAAGAAAGUAUUUAUUUCAGAUAUUCUUGGAUUCAGAGUCAUGGGUUUAAGAAAAUGCCUUGAUCUCCAUUAUUCCCCUGACCCAAAAGAGUUACCAAGGAAGAAACUGAUAAAAGUCACACAUAAAACCAACAUUUAAUUAAGAAGUUAAAGACUAUACCUAUAGUUGCAAAACCAAAAGUGCUCAAAGCAUGACUAUAAAUGAUGAGGCUGAAAAUAGGAAAAGCCCAGUUGGGGAUGGCUUUUCAGAAUAAUACUUUUAGUGUCUGAUACAAAAAGCACUUAGUAACUGAAGGUAUUUUCAUAUAAAGUCACAUGAACCCAGUUCCCAGAAAUUUUAAGUGAUGGCAGAUCUGUUUGGAAAUGUUUGCUUUCACUGAUACAGAGAGCAGUCUUUAUGUUUUGAAGACUUACAGGAAGUCGUUAAUAGGAGUGGACUGUACUGAAUGCUGUUGGAUCUUUCAAGGUUUCCACCAUGGCUUUCUUUUUUUCUCCAGAAUACUGUGAUUAAGAUAACUGAGCACUUCUCUUUACAUUGACUGUAUAAAUAUGUUGAUUUUGUAUUUAAAAGUAUUUGUUAAAAUAUAGACAUCCAGAAGUAAAGUCUUUAUAAUCCAAA